AUCAUUUUCACAGUGCAGACGAUUUUUCAAGGGCGGAUAACUCUAACAUCGGUGAAUGAGCCGUGAGAACCCAAAAUGUUUGCGAACAAGAUUUGGAAAUCAGUCGUCACGGCAACAAGAAGUAAAAGCCAGUUACAGUACAUUGUGAGAGCCAUGUGUAGUGCACAGACCCCCAAGUUUGAGACUCUGAACAUCACCAGACCGCGGGACAUGGUGGUUCAGGUCGAGCUGAACAGACCUGAGAAGCGGAAUGCCAUGAACCAAGCUUUCUGGAGAGAGAUGGUCGAGUGUUUCAACUACCUAGCUGGAGACAGUGAGUGCCGUGCUGUUGUACUGACUGGAGCCGGGAAGAUCUUCACAGCAGGUCUGGAUAUGGGAGACUUUGCUGGCAUCAUACAGGGCGAUGAUGAUGAUGUGGGCAGGAAGGGCUUCAGGAUGCGUCAGACAGUCAAUGCUAUGCAGGAAUCCUUCACUGUUAUUGAGAGGUGUACUAAGCCAGUGAUUGCUGCUAUGCAUAAUGCCUGUGUGGGUGCUGGCCUUGACAUGACCUCUGCCUGUGAUAUACGCUACUGCACCAGCGAUGCAUGGUUUCAGAUUAAGGAGGUGGAUAUUGGCUUGGCGGCAGAUGUUGGAACACUGCAGAGGUUCCCCAAGGUGGUGGGCAAUGACAGUUGGGUGAGGGAACUGGUCUACUCAGUCAGGAAGUUCUAUGCUGAUGAAGCUCUCUCCAUGGGCUAUGUCAGUCGCAUCUUCCCUGAUAAAAAAUCCAUGGUGGAAGGGGCCCUUGAUUUGGCAGUGCUUAUUGCCAGCAAGAGUCCCAUAGCUGUACAGGGUUCAAAGGUCAGUCUGGUGUUCCGGGACCAUGGAGUGGCAGAGGGUCUGGAACAUAUCCGUUUGUGGAACCAAGGCAUGCUUCAGAGCGAAGAUUUGAUCAAAGCAGCCAUGGCAGCCAUGGCGAAAGAAACGUCAACUUUCUCCAAACUUUAGUUAUUUGAUGAAGAGAGUGGCUUCUAUGCCGCAUAAUGAGAAAUAUCAUUGCUGAAACAUCAAGGAAAUAUCAGGGACGGCACUGCUAGUUGUCCAUGUGUCCAGUUAUGAGUACAAAUCUGGAACAACUAGUUGAUUUCUCCCAUAAUCAAAAUGGGACCACAAGCGAGGGAUGGAUGUUAGCCCAUACCAGCCUUGUUGAUGUUACUGGUAUCUAAACAUCUAUGUGAAUUUCAAACAUUUUGAGGGUAUUGCUAUAUACUCUAUUCAUUGUCAAUUAUAUAGCCAAAAUUCUGAAAUGCUCUGUAGACUAGUUUAUUGGAGUGUGAUUGAGUUAAGAUUUUAAGUCACAUCGGCAAUAUUUCAGACAUAUUGUGAGAAUAGUUUAUUGGAAGUGCCUUUCACUGUUAUAUGAAUCAAGCUUUAAGAUCUAUUUCAUCACCAUGUUUGAUAACAGAAACAUGCGUGUGGUGUAGCACAGGGUAUUUUGUGCUGUUCAGAAAGCCCUCAAUUCUUUUCCCAUCAGUCUUAUGUGUAAAGCCAAUGCUUUGUCAUGAUGUUAGACAAUCGCUGGAAACUGGGGACUACCUCCAACUUGAAGAAACAUAGCCCUCCAUAGUCCAUAGCAUCCGGAGUGCCACUGUCACAGAGUCUGGUCUUAUUGAUCUGAAGCUAUUAUUUAUUUGUAUUGAUUUGAGUGAGUUUGUCAGCUUGCCAUGGCAUAUCCUUUACAAUGCAUUGUUUGAAUAAAUGUUUGUGAUUGUCACCAGCUAUUAUAUAACCAUAUAACAAAAACAUUUAGCAUAGUUAUGACAAGACACACUUGUCAGUGUUUUUGAAAAAAAUGUUCCAUAUGAAUGUAAAUGGAUUGGUUUGCAAUACAUUAUUUUUGUAUACAUAU